GCAGAAUCUUUGACUCUUCUAGAAUGGUUUCAUCGAUGUUCAAGACGCAGCUUCGGUUGAUUCGACAGUCAAUAGCCAGUUGCAGUACACUACGGAAUGUAUUCUUGGAAAAAUAGAACGAUUAUUCAAUGGCGAAAAGGAAAGCAAGUGAAGUGAAAGUUCCGAGGAAUUCAAUGAAGCUUGAGGAAUUGGAGGACUUUGUGAAGCAGAUGGAAGAGGAAACGGUAAAGAUGCGAGCUAAGAAAAUUCGGAUGAGAAAAUUGGAGAAGAAAUCAAAAGUAGAGCUAAAAAGGAUAGAAAAAAAAUGUAAUCAAUUGAGAAAAGUGAAAAGGCAAUUGGUUGAGGAAAGUGCUUGGGCCCAGGUUUGCAGUGAUAUCAUGCACGGUAUUGUCAGUGCUGAAGAUGAAGGUGAUGCAAUUACGGUUGAUCUCCUCACUCGGUCUCUCCGUGAACUUAUGAUGCCACGGCAGAACCAAGAAAAUCAACCCCCCAUUGAUUGAAGAUGGAUCAUUUAGGCUGGUAUUUGAUUCAUCGAAAGUUGAUUGUACAAGAAAAUCAAAGAAAGAAAAGUUUAUCAAGUGGUUUGAUAAACUGUAUGUUUGCUGAAAUAAAUAAAUAAAUAAUUAAAAAAAAUUUAUAGUUUUA